AUGGCGUCCUCUUCGACCCCGUCCACGCCACUCCUCUACUCCUGCAUCGCGCACCACACGACAAUCCUAGCAGAAUGCACCACGUCAGCGUCAUCGCAGACGUCAUCGCUGGCGUCCCUGAUCCUACCCAAGAUCACGCACGCCACGUCCCAGAAGCUCACGUACACGCACGGCCAGCAUCAGAUCCACUACAUUGCCGACUCCGCGUCGGACCACCCGGCCCAUCCGAGUGCCGGCGGUCUGACCUUCCUGGUGGUAGCGGACGCCUCGCUGGGCCGCCGCGUCCCGUUCGGCUACCUGUUCGAGAUCCGGCGGCGGUUCCUGGAGCAGUUCCCAGCAUCGUCGACGGACCUGGGCGACAUGCCCAACUACGGGGCCGCCUCGUUCAACGCCGACCUCCGGUCCCUCAUGGUCGAGUACGGCGCCACGGCGGGGGGGCAGAGCGACGCCAUCGGCACGGCCAAACGCGAGAUCGACGACGUCAGGGGCAUCAUGACCAAGAACAUCGAGAGCCUGCUCGAGAGGGGUGAGAGGCUCGAUCUGCUCGUCGACAAGACCGACCGCCUCGGCGGGACGGCACGCGACUUCCGCCUCCGCAGCAGGGGGCUCAAACGUCAGAUGUGGUGGAAGAAUAUGAAGCUCAUGGCCCUCCUGGGCUUCGUCGUCUUCAUCAUCAUCCUAGUCAUUGUCAUGUCCGUCAAGGGGAACUGA